GACUUCGUAGCAAGUAAUUAUAUGUUUAUCUGAAAAUGCAGCUAAUACAGACAGUUUUGAUAAUUUAUGCAGCUGUGAAUCUGCAUAUUUGUAUGUCUCGAGGUGAAGAGGAAUGCUGGGCUCUUGUCUACAAAAUAGCAACUGGAGGAAAUGGUAGUGCUUACGAUUUGUUCAUGUCUAACGAUUCAUUAAAUGUGAAUGACAAAGAAGCCAUGUCAUUACAAUGUUCGAAAUACCAAGUGAAGAAACAUUUCAAGUCAGAUAUCGUCAACAACUGGUCCAAUGUAGAAAUAGAUUUGGUUAGAAUAUCACUUUUUGUGAGCGGUAUUGAAAAGGCAUUUUUUUUGUUUAAUGGAAGUGAAACAAACAAGACAAGCUGGUUUGAUAAGAGUCGACUCAUCAAUAGUAGUUACAGUGACCUGAAUAAAGACAUAGAUUUUACACACUUUUCUGUUGUUGGUAUACAUGGGAAAGCUGAUCGUCAUGCCGGCAACUAUAGUAGACGAUUUUACAUAAGAAAUGAUAAAUCAGAUAAAUGUGAGACAGACGAGGGUUUGUUACUUGUUGGAGAUGCUGAAGGCAACUGUCAGUAUGAGGAAAAUAUCACAGAACAGCCUUUUAUUCUUUUUAGUGCAAGUUCCAAUGUGUCGAAGGCUAUACACCAUGCAGUGGCUGACAGUAUGGCAAUAUUUAUAAAGUUUCCAAUUAAAGCGACAUGUUUUAACCAAUUUGCCAUGAACUGUGUACAUGAGAAUUCGCCAUGUAUAACUAACUCUGUACAGACAUCAUCAACAAAAACGAUUCCAAUUGAAGAUCAAUCACAGUCUACAUUAUCAACUAGUAAAGAUAAAGAUCAAUCUACUACAAUGAGAAGCGAAGAUCUGCAAAACAAAAUAAACAGGAUCAAAAUGGAGCUAACGGUAGAAAAAAAAUCAACACAAAAGUACAUGAGAUCGCUGACGAGUGCUCCAGAUGAACGAACAUCAUCUAAGGUCAUGGGAAUAAUUGGUGGAGCUUUUAUAAUCUCAGUGAUUGGAUUAAUAAUGUUACUGGACUGUACCACCUGCAAUAGGGAUAGAAAAUUUAAACAAAAGAAAUCAACCACUUAGUACUACCAAAACUACAAAUGGUUCUACAUGUUUAUUGAAGAAAGAUAAUGUAAUGCGAGAUUGUGACGUUACCUUAAUAUACAAAAUUCUAACAUUUAAACGAAGGAAUGUUGCUAGUUGUUUUCUGUACUUAUUUGUUGAGAAUACAUUAUGUCCAUACGCAUGCCUUAAAAUGUACCAAUAUUUGAUAAUAAAAAUUAGCUUAUAACACAGA